GGGAUAGCGUGAAGGUUCUCCCCCCACCACCUGGCCCACCCCUCAGCCCCAGUGAGGCCAACGAUUGUCAGGAGGAUGCGCCCUGGAGGCGGGCAGCAACUUUAAUUCUCCCGGAUUUGGGGAGGCACCUGUCCGAAAGCUUGGCGCCUGUCUUCUCCAGCCUGGUACAGGAGGGAAGAUCCCCACGUGCACAGCGGCACCUACCAUCGCGUCCCACCUCUAGGCCCCUCUGGGAGUUGUUUUCACUUGGAAAACACCUCUGUCGUGAACGCCUACGCUACCUACCACAGUCGCCUAAGGGAGGCGCGGUUCUCCAAUGUUAUGCUCCAGACCAGGAUACCCCACUUACUCUCCACAGCUCAGUAACGCGAUGGAGGGUAAAGGGUGGGGACUGACUCCGCCGGCUGGAGUGUGAGCUCCGUCGUGCACGCCAGGACCUCCAUCUGUGACCCAGGAAGCGCAGGGCUUCCUCCUAAGCUCACUCCCUCACCCAGCGCCACACCAAGUGUUCCCACGGGACUUUACAGCCAGAACGCGUCUCUCCCAUCCUUUUUCUCUGCAUCUACUUCCCAUCCUUCAAGUAGUCCAAGGCUUCCUAUAGCUCUGCUUCCAGAGGAGUACAUACAGGCUGACAUAAAUAGGGGAAAUUAAAUUCUGUGCCAUAUACUGCCUGCAGACACAUCUAUGAACAGUCCUUGACUUAACAACGGUUCGGUCCCAAUUUGUCAAAUUACAGUGGCUUUGCCGUGGCAGGGAGCCAGGGAGGGCCGAGGGGCCAAGGGCUACCAACACCCAAGCCAUGCGUGCUGCUAGGCCCUGUCACCCUUGGGCCGCUCAGCGAGUGGCACACCUGCUCCUCACCGUGCAGCUCCGUCUCAUGGACCCCAGGCCCCAACACGGUGACACCUUCCUGGGGCUCACCGCCUGCACUGCAGCCCCACCUUUCAUCCUGGAAAAGGGGACCCAGCCCGGGUGGCAGCAAUGCUCUCUCUCGAGGUCACCUGCACUCACACCUGAGUGUGUGCUAUCAUUUUUCCUUUUAAUAAAUUCUGCUCUUCUAUUUAUUUCCUUAUUUUUAAAGAUUUACUUACUUGACAGGCAGAGUUACAGAAAGAGAGUGGGAGAGACCUUUCAUUUCCUGGUUUACUCCCCAAAUGGCCACAAUGGCCAUGGCUGGGCCAGGCAGAAGCCAAGGAGCCAGGAUCAGAAACAGAGUAGCCAGGACUCCAACUGGCACCUGAUACGGGAUGCCGGCAUCACAAGCAGUGACUUAACCUGCUGUGCCACAGCACCGGCCCUGGAGGACCUUCUUCACAGUGGACACUGCAGGACUGGGCUUAUAAUGAUAUUUUUCAAAAGGUGCAUUUAUUUAUUUGAAACUCCGAGUUACAGAGAAGGAGGGAGAGACAAAGGGAAAAUCUGCUGGUUUACUCCUCAAAUGGCUACAACAACCAGGGCUGCCAGCAUUUUUCCUUAGAUAGUGACGAGUGUGUUACUCAGAGCAGUGAGAGGGUGGCAGGAGGAGAGUGAGCGUGGGGAAGGCAGACGUAGAACAUCAAUUAUUAAGGAAAAUAAGGAUGACGAGAUAGAGAGGCGUGGUGGAGAUCCAUAGGAGAAAGAACAGCAUGUGUGGGAUAACACGGAACCCGGAAGCCGCCCAUGGACGCUGCACCUGCCCACGGACGUGGCACCUGCCCACGGACAUUGCACCUGCCCACAGACAUUGCACCUGCCCACAGACAUUGCACCUGCCCACGGACGCUGGCCUGUUUCCUGGACCCUGAGAAAUCGCCACACCUGUGAGCCCUGUUGCUCACGUGACGCAGGGCAGCAGCUCUGUCAGCAAGAGGUCGGGCGCCACUUUCUGUUCGGUUUGGCAGUCAGAUCCCAAGUGGUCCUUCUCAUUUUGCAUCAUGAUGUUCACCAGGUGUUCGCAAGAAGUGAUUUCUGGCUGCUGGGAUUCUGAGUCAUCUUUACUGUUUGUUCUUGUACGGUUAAUAUUGAACAUGCAACCUGCUUCUCUCUGGGAAAAGCACCAAGGAGGCUAUUUUUAUUUGGUGAAUAAUGUGGCCCGGUUAUGGUCCCCCUCCCUGGGCCUGGGCCAGAACCCCGGGCAGCUGCCAGCACAGCCCCUGCCCUCAGCAGGGCGCUGGUGCCUGGUGCGGGGCAAGCGGGGUAAGCAGCGCCCAUUCAGGGAGCACAAUGGUGACCGGGGCUGUCCUGUGACAGCAGCGGCCACCUGGUCCCACCUCUAGGGAGGCACAGUCUGCUGCCGCCCCAGCUCCCAGUCAGUGCGUUUUCUUCUUUACGACUUUGCAGGAAACUGAACACUCAAGUGGUGUGGAGCUCAGCUCCCGUGCACACAGGAAGGCCGUCUCGGGUAGAACCACAGCUCAGCCAUGCGUAUGGAUUGCAGGUGUCUGAGUGCCCACCCGAGGUUAGAGAGUGAGAACCCGCCCUGCACGCCCCCAGCCCGGCACCAUGAAAGCUCUCCUGUGGAGUCUCACUCUGGCCACAGCACUGGUGUUCCCGGUCGUGUACUUCAUUAAAGAAAACCCCUUGGAUGCUACCAGCUUCCUGUCCUGGGAGGAAAAGAAGGCGGUCGCUUGGCAGAGGGUCCGCAUGCAGGUCAAUCCCGGCCGAAAAUCGCACCUGGAAGCCUUCAAAGCUAUGCAGAGGAGCUCGGAACCCAUCAGACACGUGAAGUCCCGUGUCUUGCUGGGAGCGCUUCCCGUGGAAAAAAAGCUGCUGACCAUAGGGAUCUCCUUGGGGCGCCGGCCCCGCGGCAGCGCCCUCGUCCACACCCUGCAGCGGCUCUUCCUGGCUUCCUCCCCGGCCGAGCAGAGGUGCUUCACGGUGGUGGUGCAGCUGGCAGACCCAGACCCCAAGUGGCAGGAUCAAACGCUCUCCAGCCUCUCAGCCCUCUUCCAGCCGCACGUGCUGGCCGGGCGGCUCCUGGUGAUCACGCCUCCUCCCCAGAGCUACCGGCCUUUGAAAAACCCGAAGAAAACCUUUAGACACAGCCCCGCGUGCGGGGCCUUCCGCCCGGAGCAGAACCUGGAUUACGCAUUCCUCAUGAACUUCGCUGUCAACUGCUCCGACUACUUCCUGGUGAUGGACGACGACGUGCAGUGUGCGCCGGGAUUCGUCACGCACAUCGCGGCCACCCUGGCCACCUGGGAGUGGACGUCCUGGGUGACGCUGGAGUUCUCGCGGCUGGGCCUCACUGGAAAGCUCUUCCGCACCCGCGACCUCCCCGGCUUUGUUCGCUUCCUUCUCCUCUUCCACCAAACCAUGCCCUGUCGCUACCUUCUCUCCCACUUCCAAGAUGUCCUGCAGCAAAAACCAAUCCAGUUCUCGCCCUCCCUCUUCUGGCGCGUGGGCAAUGCCUCCUCCACGCAGGACAAGCUCACCAGCCUCAGGGAGACCGAGCCGGAGGAAAGUGACGCCGACUCGCCCAGCAACCCUGCGGCCACCAUCUACUCCAACCUCAACGUAACCAACAGCUCCACGCUCAUGAACGCCUACAGCCUGGACAGGACCGUCUUCUCUACCCGGGAGGCUACGGCCGGCAGCCAUCUGACCGUGAUUCUGGACACACCUGCCAGAGUCUCCCGAGUUCAAGUGCUGACCGGCUCCGAGCUGGACGAAGAGAGCCGGGUGAAGGAGGGGCAGGUGGAACUGGGCUAUGACACCACGAACCUGAUCGACGACUGCGACGACUACGUGCUCCUGGGGCUCCUUGUCAAUGGCGUCUUGAACAAGCAGGUGCUGUCGGAAAAGUCUGCAAAGAAGGUGAAGUGUGUGAGAUUGCUGGUGACAGCCACUCUGCCCUCGGGAUUCACACUCAGACACAUCAACCUCUGGACCCGGUGAAUCCGACACGUGGAGCAGACACUGGACGCUGUGCAAGUGGUCAGGCUAGAACUCUACAGAGGUAACAAAGCAUUAAAGUCUUGAA